CACUGAUCAACGGAAAGAGCCGAAGAUGUCGGCUCGGUCAUGUGAACAGCUGUGUCCAAUCACAGCUGAUCACAUCUGUCACGCAAUCAGUGCCACCUAUCAGUGCCAGUCAGCACCACCUAUCAGUGUCAGUCAGUGCCGCCUAUCACUGUGCAUCAGUGCCCAUCAGAGCUGCCUAUCAGUGCCACCUAACAGUGCCAGUCAGUGCCGCCUAUCAGUGCCUAUCAGUGCCAUAUAUGAGUGCUGCUUUACAGUGCCCAUCAGUGAUGCC